UCAGGUUUAGAAUAACUGCAUAUUAGUACUAUAUCUAUAUAAAUUGACUAUCGCCAACCUAAUGUCAAGGACAUAAUUUCCUUCUCUACAUUUUUCUGCUGCUCAUAUUAAUCAUACCACCUGGCUAUACUAUGCUGGCAGGACAACCAUUUCAGUUCAUAGGACCAAUAGAUUCCUUAGUUCCGGCGAUGAAUAAUUGUCGGUUUUCGAUUCGCGACUCGCGAGACCGUGUGGCUAUAAUCGAUAUGCAGCGUUGGUUGCAUAUGGUAAAAUUAUCGUACCUUGGUGCUCGGCCUCGGCUCGUCAAUUUUCUCCCACUGCCUGAAUCUACUCACCUCUGGAUCAACAGAUUUCCGGACGUCCAGCAGCGCUAACGUGGGCCAUAUCUCAAGCGAUCGUGUUAUACAUAGGGAAAGAUUUCCUAUGUUCGAAGAAUCGCUCUCGCCUAGAUAUCACUGUUAACACAGCUACGCUGCCACGGUUGACAGUGUUUAUCGGGUUGACGUGGCUGCAUGUAAUGCUAGCGACAAUUGGAUUCGCGUGAGCUAGUGGCCUGCAAUUUCUCUUCCACAAUGGCCAGGCUGUAUUUGUUGGGGGCAAUGGUAUUGAUAAUAUGCCAACUGGCCUCGCUGCAGGUUCCCGAUCGACUGUCUAGCUCUCAUCUCGCAUACGCUGGAAAUGAUAGUGGCAAAAAUAUCAAUACGGAGUUGUCCGUAUCGAGUCGAGACGAAUCGUUCAAGCCCCUUCUUGGUUUUCAGAGCAACAUCGAUGCGACGCAAAAUGUUAACAUGUUCGACCUGGCAAACAUCACCGAGGAUGGCCGAAUGGACCAAAGUGUUGUCAGUAUCAAUGGCGCAGUCAAUUUAGACGAUCUGGUGACUUUCGAUAUGGAGUCGACUUUGGUAACAAACGCGACCGAUGAAACACGGGUGCAUUUCCAGGAACCUAUCGGAAACUCCCCUUACCAUAUUUGCGGCUUUCAUGUGUUUUAUCUGCGCCGUUCGGCCAAAGAUCAUAACGAAACCUUCGAUGUGGUCAGCGAUUUCAAUCAUUUCGGAGAUCUCCACGUCAGCUCGGUUGACCUUGAACCUGUAGUUAACGGUACCAGCCGCCUUCCAGAUGAGCUGAUCCUUUUUAGUCUCCGCAACACAACUGGAGAGUUGCCUGAACUCCAUCUAAGAGAGGUCUGGCUAAUGGGCUACGACCGUGACUACGCGGAUGAACUUGCUACCUGGCUUGACACGUGCCCAAAUCGUAAUCCUGAAGGUCGCAACUCCGGUGGUCAAGGAUAUCGUGUUGCUGGCACCUUCGGAGGAAGAAUUCAAAACGGAGGUUAUGUUCGCUUCAAAACACCAGGACCCGCGCAAACAUACUACAUAGUUCAGACACGUCCCGGCUAUCCUGUGUUGAACUUGAAAACCCAGCCCAUCUACCGCACAGUCCCCGUACCGAUCACGUAUCGUAAAAAGCCAGGCCCUAUAGUUCACAGCCCACUAUCUAACUAUGGUCAAGGACCUCGCGCGGGUUACGACUCUGCGCAAAGUUCCUCCAGUGCUGGCGAACCUUCGAACGGCUUUCGGCCUCCACAGCACCCUGGUGGUAAGUUUUCGAUCCACUACGGUUCCUCAGGUCCUGACCCGCCACAUGGAGGUUAUCAACCACAACAACAGCAUUUCCAAGGUUAUGGCCCAUCAUCGUCAAUUUUGUCUAUUUCUUCUAUCACAUCCGGCAAAAACGGUAACACCGCGCCUCAGAGGUCACAUAGUGAGCCCACAAGCCAAGCCUCGUACGCUGGUUCUGCCUCUCACAACAAUGGAAGUGUUGGUGGAACAACCCUUCGAACAAUAAACAAGGGUUCAAACAUGGAAUCUGCUGCAGAGGGUUCGUAUGCCGGCGACGCGCCCCAGAACUCUUAUGGUGGUUCUGGAUCUCAAGGUUCACAUGAUGGAGUUGCUUCCCAGGGUUCGCAUAGCGGUUCACCCCCUCGGAGUUCUCACGGUGCUUCUGCACUUCAAAUAAUAUACGCGGCUCCCGCCCCAUCCAGUGGCGGCUACGGCAAUCGUGCUCCCUAUCCACAUCAGGUGUCAGCAGGGCCUUCAACACCCAGUUAUGUUAUUGCAACUUCUGGGCAGUACGUAGCUGGUCCCAAUAGAAGCAUGCCACCCCAACAAGGUUAUGGCCAAGCGCAAGCGUCUGCUUCUCAUGCAAUAAUACAUAUGACUUCACCAUCUUCAUCCUCGUAUAGCCUUACUUCGAAUGGCGGACAUGGACCAAGCAGUCCGACAUAUACGGUUCGAUCUUCCGGCGCCGGUCACCAAGCAGCUCUAACCUACAACGCAGGGGUUCACUCCCCCAGUCAAGAAGUUGGUUCUGGCUACACUAUUUCUGGCGGAUAUGCAGGUGCAGCACAUGGUGCGCAAUCUCAAGGCACAGGCUACUCCUAUUCACCUGGAAAACUGACUGGAGGACAAUCUUACGGAUCUUUAACACCUGUUGAAGGACACUCUUACAGACCUUCGAACCCAGAAGGAGAACAGUUCUUCGGACCUUCGAACCAGACUGGAGGAUAUUCUUAUGGGCCUUCGAACCAGGGUGGAAAACAGUCCUACGGACCUUCAAACCAGUUUGGAGGACACUCUUAUAAAUUUUCAACCCACGGUAGAGAACAGCCUUCCAGACCUUCAAACCAGGGUGGAGGACAAUCUUAUGAACCUGCGAAACAGACUGGAGGUCAAUCUUAUGUAUCUACGAAACCGGCUGGAGGACACUUUUAUGGAUUCUUUCAUUAUGGCGGAGGCCAAAUGUAUGGACCUUCAAUAAGGUACUCUCAUGGAAACCUGUAUCCAAAAGGUCAACGACAUCAGGCUGGCUAUCAAGAUCAAUCUGGAAACGGAUAUUCUCAAGGCCAAGGACCCAACAGUGGUCCCGUAAGUCUAUAUGGAGGGCACGGUGGUAGCGUUAGCAGCCAAAAGCCCCAUAUAGACGGUGAUUCUGGCCAGUAUAUGGAAUUUGUAGGUAGCCCCUCCGAUCAUAGUUAUAGGCACCAAGGUGGACGCCAAGGCCACGAGUACUCGUCUGUCUCUCUGCAAAAGGAUUAUGAUCAUUACGAACACAGUUUCAGCCAUGGAUACAACAAGACUCCGUAUAUCCGUAGCAAUUCUGGCCACGGGUCUUCUGGGGGUAACGAACAUUAUCCUAUCUUUCAUGGUUACGAAGUUCCUUACGCGCACUCCUCAACUUUUCACGGCCCUAGUGCUCAGCAUCAUAGCUUCUUAGCUUCACACGGCCACGGACAGGCGAGUUAUUCGGGCGGCCAAAGUGGUGCAGGCUAUAACAACCAGAGCGGGGGCAGCCAGAAUUAUGGACAGAGUAAUGGUAGAGAGCUUCAACAGGGCUUCUCAUACGGACCACAGGGUACACAGCAGCAGAACCAUUAUUGGCUACAGACAGGUAAAGGAGAACAAAAGAACUACGGAUUACAACCCGGACCGCGACUCGAAACCCAACCUGGACCACAACCCAAACUACACUUCAGACCGCAACUCGGAUCGCAGUUCAGACCACAACCUGGACUACAACCCAGACCUCAAUAUGGAACUCAACCCGGAUUUCAACCCGAAUCACAACCUGGGCCGCAAUCCGGAUUGCAACCUGGCGGUUACGGCCCACCGCAAAAUAGACCUCAGAAUUCUUAUAGACAACCAGGCAUGGUAUAUGGACCCCCGCCUGCAUUAGUAGCUAAAACGGAAAUAUAUGAAGACUCCAAACCGGAAGACUAUACGACGGAGCUCGUGAAACUGCUUGCCAAACUUCCGCCUGCGACCCUUGUCAAGCUGCUCCCACCCCUCAAAGCCAAACUCAAAGCUGAGAAGAGUAUAGGUCUCUCAGCUAAAAUUGCUAAACUCAUCGCUAAAGUUGCGAUACUUAUAACGAAAGGAAAGAAGGUCAGCGAUGACCAGAUGGUUAAACUCGCCGACCUCACCGUUGAGGUUAACAAACUGCUUGAUGACAAGGCCGACCUCAACGACCUAAACACGAAAUUGAUCGAAUUCUCAAAAACUAUCCAAAAUUUGACACCCGAUGAAGGGGAUCCAGACUGCGUCGGUGACAGCUGUCUAGCUCUCUGGAAUGGAAGCAAUUCAACAGACAUUAUCACACCGCUUACUGAAUUUAUGAAAGGAGCUUAUUUGCGACUUAUCGAAACACAAGAUGAUGCCAGAACAACUCUUACCGCUUUGAAAGAGCAGUUAACAGUGCCCAAAAAUACUGAGGUACUAGCUGCAACAGCGCCACCCGUUUCGGAUUCAACAGGCGACGUAAAUGUCGACGAUGACAGUAGGGCCGAAAGUUUGAGUCCUUUACCUAACGAAAAUGACUGGUCCGUGUGGCGUAAGGAUUCACUGAUCUCUCCAUCCUUCGCUUUUAUCUCGACUAAUCCGGCCGAUGCCCAAAAUAUUAAGGCCGGGGACACGGUUUCUAAUAUAGCUGACACCGAGCCAGAAGGUACUGGUGCUAUUUUGAAGCCAUCCGCGCCGGCCGCAAAGGAAUAAAUUAAGGACUACCAUUAGCUAAGAAACGCGGCUGAAAAUCGGUUCCCUGUGAUUCGCGAUCGCGACUUAUGUUAAGUGGAAACCUUCUCUUUAGGAAACGCAGUCAUAGUUGAACUAAUAAAGCAA